AAGUCUCUUUCAGCUUUCGUCCCCUCAACCCCGCGGCUUCCCAACGCUCGCACGGCUCAUAAUUUUCUUCUUGCCUCGUUGCCAACGUCACUACAACAGUCGCAUAACCGCUUUUAAAGAGGCUGGUUCUAACACUAGCAUACGCCGCCAUCUUUAAAGUCAAAAUCCUCUAAGUGAAUAAAGCUUCGAGAAUACAACCACCCAUUCCAUUUUUUACUGAGAUAAUUUCGCUUUCGCUAAUCUAAAAUUGUCUUGAAUUUAUUAAUUACGUGACGAUUUGGCAACAACGCGUCUUGUUUGCCCCUGCCUCUUUUGCCGCCCAUACCUUACCCGCCCCCCGCUACAGUCAACCCAUCAGUCGCGGGCAGUAAGAUUUUUUACUUGUAAAACGCUGUACAUGUGUAUUUUAGUUUUAGUUUUGUGAAAGGUUUCGUUUUCUUUGUUCCGGACUAAGUAUGUGUUAACGGCGCGAAAUAGGAGAAAAAUUAGCAAAGUUUUUAAGGGAAUUGACGUCUUACGCGUGACUUCCAUCAUGUCAGCAGUCGAUCCGGCCGAGUACGAGAGCGGGAACGAGGAGGAACGGAACCGGCGGGACAACAACUCCAAAUGGAAGCGGAAGGGGAAGAAAAGGAAGUUGAUGACGAUAAACAACAACAUCGCCAACAACAACAACAACGACGAUGAGGAAAGCGAGGACAUGCACGAGAAGGGCCGCCGCAAGCUUUCCGCGGACAGUCCGGACAGGGGCGAAGUGGAGGAGGCCGAGGUGGAGAACGAAGAGUCGAGGAAAAGCAGAGAGGAAGCCGACGUGGAGGACAUGGAGUCGAAAGCCAUCGACGAGUACACGAAGGAAAUCAUGCUCAAGAACAGCCAUCACCAGCAGGAGCCGGAGCCGGGAGUGGGGGUCGGCUGCGAGCCAAUGAGGGGCGAGGAAAGCCAGGACCCGAAGAGCGGCCAAGACCCCCCGAGCGUGAAGAAGGAAAGCGUGGAGUGCUACUACGAUAACUACAUGGAGCCGCCCAUAGAGUGCAGCGGCGUCGUGUCGGUUGUCACGCGCGUCCCGGUCGUGACGUGCGGGAUCCAAAGCACCACGGUCAUCUGCAGCAACCAUGUCUCCGAGCCGGCGCCCCAGGACGACAAGAUCAUGAUGAACUUCGAGCACCCCCACCCUCACCCCCAUCUCAAGGAGGAACUCAUCAUGUCCCGCGAGAACGAGGAAGGGAUGAACGAGAACGGGUCAGGGUCGGAGAACAACCUCAUCAACUACGAGUCCGAGUACCACCAGAGCAACCAGCCGGAGCACGUGGAGCAGAACCUCUCGAGCAACAGCUCCGAGCAGGAGUAUCACUCCAAUCCCCCCUCGCACAUCGACAUGAGCGGUUAUCAGCACUCGGAGUUCUCGCACCUCGCGGCGACCCUUCACCCCAGUUUCGGGGGUGGAGGUGGGGGGGCCGGCGGGGAGGAGCCCCCCCAACAUCAGUACCAGCACCAGCAGCACCAGUCCACACCCUCGCCCAACAACGAGAACAUAAUCAGCAUCUCCGGCCAGGAGCCUGAUAACGAGCUGCACGGUAAUAAUCGGGAGCUCUUCAGUAAUCAGAACAAUGUUCACCACUUGCGUCAUCAGCAACUGCAGCACCACUCCACCCCCUCCCCGAUCAGCGAUAGUAAUCACAUGCUCAACCUGUCCAGUCAGGAGGAGAGCGAUCAGCCCCAGCAAGGGAUGUUCAAUAGUCAACUCAACAUGUACCCACCUCCUAAUCUGCCUGUGAUCCACCACUCCUCGGAGUCUUCAGUCAACAACCCGUUGUAUCACCGGACAGCGGGGGCAGCGGGGCUUUUUACGGCGCCGUACUUUUCGUCCUCGAGCCCAACCGGAACAAGCGAGACGCCCAACAUCCACUCCAUCCCGGGCGUUAACAUGUGGCCCACUCAAGGUUAUUCGCUAUCUCCGAACUCUUCAACAUUGUCAUACUUGAACACGUCAAAUGAAGCCGUCAAUGCAAUUUUUCAGACUAUGACGAACAAUCCAAACUUAGUUAAUCCUUCUUCUUAUGGAGUGUCCAGCUCGAAUCCGUCCGAUUCAGGCUACUCUUCAAUCGCCUCCACUCCUCAAAGAAGUCGCUCCUCUAGUCAAUCUCAAAUUUUUUCGCAAGCCUCAUUAACCAAUGCAACGUACGGGUCAUCACAUAACCCAGAAUCACUGCCAUACUCGACGAUCAGUAGUCUCCCAAAUUCCUCCGGGCCUUCGAGAGGCAGAUCAUCACAUCAAUCAAUAGUUCCUUACCCUAGUGCAGCUGCCUCUUUAUCUGCGAUAGAUGAAGUUUCGUAUUACUUCGAGGGUAGAGAAUGCGUGAAUUGCGGUGCAAUCUCAACCCCUUUAUGGCGGAGGGACGGCACUGGCCACUACCUAUGCAACGCCUGCGGCCUGUACAACAAAAUGAACGGAAUUAACAGGCCCCUCGUGAAACAGCCACGAAGGCUGGCUGUUUCGAAGCGUAGCGGUCUGAUUUGCUCCAACUGCCGGACCACAAAUACUUCAUUAUGGAGAAGGAAUGCAAGUGGGGAGCCCGUGUGUAACGCGUGUGGACUAUACUAUAAGUUGCACAAUCAAAACAGACCGCCAACUAUGAAAAAAGAUAACAUUCAGACACGGAAGCGGAAGCCAAAGGGUGGUAUCAAAACUGAGGCAGUAGUCAAAGCCGCCAGAAAUUACAAACUAGAGAUUUUUAACGAUUAUAACAAUGACAACAGAGGAACCUCGAACAUUUUGGCUCAUAAUCUCAACCAAGGAACGCCCCACAAUAAUGUUUACCCGGGUUCAGGGUCAGAUUUAACCUUGUUGCCUCGUCUGUAAAUAAUCGAUGUUUUCACUUCUAAAUUAAAUACUUCUUGAGAUGUAGUAAGUGUAGCUCUGCUCAGCAUAUUAAUUUGCAUCGUGUCUUGUAGCAUUACGGAAAUUAAUUCCCCUCUGUUUAUAUUGUUUCUCUUUUCAAAUGAUGAUAAGGCAAAAAGAGCAUUUCUUGAUUAAGAAGGACAUGUUCUUAAUUUGUUACUAAUCAAUCAGGGAUUUAUGUCUCUAAGUUAUCCAUAUUGGCCGAUGGAUGGAAAAUUUUGUAGGUACUCAGUACCUAGCCAAGUAUUUUCAUAUAAAAUGAAAGAGUGUAAUUGUCGAAAAUUAUGAUCAUGACAGGGAUCGGCCCAACCAAUCCUCGGGAAAUUAUCAUUGAUUGUAAAAAAACGCAUUGAAUACAGCUACUUACAUCAUAGUUGUUUUUACCAGAUUUACUUUGCAUGUCAGAUUGAAACAAGCAAAAAAACCCAAGUAUGUUUUCGGGGAAGAUUUAACAUCCUUAACCAAUACUUUUGUUGAUUUUAGACUUUUUGGUGAUGUAUAUAUUUAUAUAGUUGUAUUUUUAUACGUACCUUUUUUAAGAUGAAUGGACUGAGGCAAGUAAUAAUGUAAAACAACUGAUUGCCCUUCAAUCUUUGGGGUUAUGUAUAUUUCACUACAGGCACUUAUCAUUUUGCAUUAUGCCUUACAUAUUGACAACACCACAUCAAUGUGAGAGUGAGAGAGAUUAUACAAUUUUUUCACUCCUUUUUCUCAGUUAGGUUCAUAGUGAUUUGUAAUAUUAUUUUCCUUUAGGUUUUUCCCAUUUAUUUUUUCUUCGAGUUAACACUCCGCUUCAACAACAUUCCAUUUGUUCUGCUGAUUGUUAGAUAUUUUUUCUAGUGAAGGAUCCUCCCUCUUUCCCCCGUCUCUCUGAAAUUUUUAGUUCAAGGGAUGAUUUAGAGGUCUUCAAUUCAAUCUGCAACAGUAUCAAUCAUUCUUUUGUUUCAUGUCUACAUUACUCCAGUGUAGUACUUAUUCGUGUGCAUACCACCUACUUCAAGUUAUUUCCAAACAUUGGAUAUGGGCGUGAAAAUAAUUUAUUUCAUUUUUUAAUGUUCAUUUAGGCAAGAGAUCAUACAAGCAAGAGAGUCUAGAGCUGCAAUUCUCAAAUCGCGUCUAUUUAUUAUGGCGCCGUGCAGAAAUUGCCAACUAAAACUGCAUAUUGAAAUUUUUUCAAGAAAGUACUGAGAAUUCUCAGCAUUUAAUUGCCUCGAGAAAAGAUGCAUUUUACUUGAUGCCUUAGGUUUUUUUUUUACCUUAAUAUUUUAAAUGUAUCUCAGUCCGUCAGUAAUGAAAAUGUGAUUAUUUGCAGGUUUUAAAUUUUAGUUAUAAAUGACUAAUUACAUUUUCCUGAAAAAAGAAUCUCAUCUACUUAUACAGUUAUUAUUUUAAUGUGUAAGUGUUUCUUUUUUACCUAUCUCUCAUUUGAUACGUUCAUAAGUCAGUUUAAGUUUGAAAACCCUGUAUAUAAUGUAAAUAUAGAACUGUAAGUAUAUUCACUUCCUGGACUGUUAGAAUGCAAAAAUAUGUAUGUAAACAGUUCUUCAAAAUUCUUAAACUUUCAAGCAAUUCAUACAAGAAAUUUGCUUUCUCCACAUCACUUUUUAAAACACCUUUUGCCCUAAGCAAGGUUCAAAACAUCUCAUCUUUGUAUCGCAAUAUGUAUAUAUGUAAAUAUCAAUUUUUUUCAGAUGUAGAUGAUAAUGAGCUCAUCGCCUAUCAUUUUAUUUUAUUUUAUUUUAUUUUUGUUGCUACAAUAUUAAUUUUAAAUAUUAGCAACAAAAGUCAUACAGUCAUAAACCAAAGAUGCAAUUGUAUAAACAAUUCAUUAUUUUAUAAGUAAACAGCAAAAUGUGUCACCUUCACUAAUUUCAGCUGCUUUCAUUUGCAUCUUUUUUUAGAGGCGUAAGAAAGAUGAAAUACUGUGAACAAGUUGGCAAUGAUAAUGUUGGACUACUAAAUCAGUAAUUCAGAUGCAGAAGAGAACUCUAUGAACUGUAUGUAGGAAAGCUUUUUCGUGAUGAAAGAAAACAGAAGAGUUGAAUCAAAAAUCAUUGAAUCAAUUAUUUUUAUUAUAAGUAAUAAGUUUAUUCUUAUGUUAUGUUCCGAUUAAAAGUUUCUAAUUUCGUAAUUCAGGUAACUAUGAUUAGUUAUUAUUUUAAAAUAAUAAAAUACAAUAGAAACAGGCAAUGUCCCGAAAAGCCAAGCAUAAAAAAUGGGGGUUCAUAUUUGCGUACUGACUGCACUGACUGUAUUUUUUUACUUAGACUAUACAAGUGCAUACAUUAUCGGCACUGUAAUUCUUUUUAUCAUUUAUAUUAUUUAUUUAUCAUCUUUUUUUUUUUUUUUUUUUUUUUUUGCAUGUAAAUGAUAUGAGAUUUCAAUUAUUUUCUGAGAGUGCGGGCGCCUUCUCUCGUCCCGAUAGAAUCAGUAGUUACGAAUAUAAGCAGCAUCACAUGAAUGUGAGCAACGUCACAUCCUCUGCCUUGACUCAAUUUCGGUGCCUUACAAGAAAACUGGAGUUAACAUUGAAACUCACAAAGUGAUUUUCUAUCUUGAAUUAAUACACCCCCUUUUUAAUUUUAUGACUGUUAAAUUAGAGGAUUGGUUAUGUUUUUAUUGUUUUUGGUUGAUAAAGCCUCUUGUUGCAUUUGUCUAUCUUUGACUCCCUUUAUAAAAAAUUAUUAUUAUUUUUAUUUUUCUUUUAUUUUUAUUUUUUUUUUUUUAGAAUUCCACGUUUCAUUAUUCAUCAUUCAUUUACUACUAUUUUUGUCAGCUCUCUAAGUUAGUUCAUAAUCGAUCAUCUUCUAAAUUUCUGAAAAAAACGGAUAGAAAAUGACCAGCAAUUAUUUUUUGUCAAGUAACUUUAUUUUCUCUCUCUAUUGACCUACAUAUUCAUCUCACCGUUUGCGUGAAGCACAAAUCACAGCAAGCGUUUUGCUAUAAAUUUUUACCACAGGAUAAUCUAAAAACUGGUUUUAUGUGAAAUCUAAUUUUAACUAAUGUCAUUCGAAGUGAAAAAAAUUCACAUUUUAUAAUUUAACACUACUUUUGUAUGUUAUGCCGUCAUCACAGUUUUUUUCUUAUUUUCGUAUACUUACCUUCACUCAAACUAUCAGCAUGAAGUUGACACUAUGUGUGAUUUAAUUGGAUUUCAAUCGAACUGACUAGUAAAUAAAAUAGGUAUUUUUACCUAUUCCUAAACGAUCGAAAGUUAAAAAAAAACCUUUUGAACACUUUGCAAUGUAUGACAUCUCAUUAAGUUCUUUUUCAAGGCUUCAUUUUUUUUAGGAAGGCUUUCAUUUAUUGUAGCUGCAUUCGCAGCAACUUAAUAUCUGUUAAUUUUACUAUAAUUUUUUCGAGUAUUUACUCAUUAUGUGAUGGACGUUUUUUCUCACUUCAAUUUUAGUUGCAUUUUAUUUUAUUUUAUUUUAUUUUAUUUUAUUAUAAUGGAUCUGAAAUAAAACUUGUGUAGUUGCGUUAAGUAUUAA